AUGGUCGAGGGAACAAGAAAUAUAUACACUAUAAAGAUGCUAAAAAAGGAGAUUCCUGGGUAUCUUCUAUAUCAAUAUAGGAAUAAUGAUUUAAAAAUGAAUAUCGUGUAA